AUGAGUGAUAUAUUGAAAGAUAGCCGGUUUACAAAGUACCUAAAUGAUCCAAAAUAUCGUCAGAUUCCUAAACAUGAGAGAAAGGUUAAAAUAGACAAACGGUUCCAGUCUAUGUUUAAGGAUGAAAAAUUUAAAGUAAAGUACUCAGUGGACAAACGUGGCCGGCCCAUAAAUGAAACUUCAACUGAAAAUUUGAGGAAAUACUACGAGGUAGAUGAGUCUGAAGGAAGCAGUGACACUGAGGAUGAACAUGAAGAGUCACCUGCAAAUGAUAACGUAGAUAAAUCUGAAGCCGAAUCUGUUCCAGGCCGUUUCGUUAAAAGACCUCCAUCUCCUAAUGACGAUGAAAACGAUGAGGAAGAAACAGUAUUUCUCAAUGAUAAAUUGGUUCGUGGAAAAUUGGAGAAGAAAGUAAAAAAUAGGUUACUGGAUUUAGAUAUUGACUAUGCCCGUGGAGAAGGAGUUAUACAAACUGACAGCUCCUCUGAUGAAGAGAGUAGUGAGGCUGAAGAGGAGAGUGACUUGGAACAUGAGUGGGGAGAGCUAGAUGCUGAUGCUGGAACAACUGAGGAAUCAACGAAAAGAAUUGCCAUAUGCAACAUGGACUGGGACAACAUUAAAGCUGUUGACCUCAUGGUGUUGCUGAACUCAUUUGUGCCACCAGGAGGUGUCAUCAAGAAGAUCACUAUUUAUCCGUCUGAAUAUGGUCUAGAAAGAAUGAAGGAGGAAGAAGUUCGUGGCCCAAUUGAAUUAACAGAGAAGAAACUUGAUGAUUUGUCCGAUGAUGGAGGCAAUGAAGAAGGUUCAUCAUAUCAUAUGGAGAAACUACGUCGUUAUCAACUAAAUAGACUUAAAUAUUUCUAUGCUGUAGUAGAAUGCGACUCUGUUUCGACGGCUGACAAGCUCUACAGUGAAUGUGAUGGCAUGGAGUACGAAAGUAGCGCUACUCGCCUCGACAUGAGGUUUAUUCCCGAUGAUGUUACUUUUGAUCAGGAACCUCGAGAGGAAUGUACCAAACUCCCAGAUUUAACGAAAUACCGACCCCGAUUGUUUACAACAACGGCAUUGCAACAAGCUAAAGUUGAGCUCACUUGGGAUGCUACAAACCCAAACCGAGCAGAAACUAUCAAAUGUGCCCUUGAUGGAAAAAUUGAUGAUUUAGACCUUAAAGAUUACUUGGCAUCUAGCAGUGAAAGUGAAGAUGAAAAUCAAAUUGAAGAAGUCGAAGCGAAGUCGGAUGAUGAAGAUCCUAUAAUGAAGUAUAAGAAAUUGCUUGAAGACAUCGAGAAAAAAGACGAAAAGAAAAGCAAUAAGGACAUGGAAAUGGAAAUAAGUUGGGGAGUGGGAAUCAAGGACAAGGCAGAAGAGUUAGUCAAGAAGAAGUUAAACGAAGAAUCGAAAGAUUUGACGCCAUUCGAAAAGUUAAUACAGAAACGCAAAGAAAAGAAAAAAUUAAAGAAACUGAAAAACAAAGACAAGAACGAAAAUAGAGAUGACGCAUCAGACUCUGAAGGUGACAGUAUGUCGGAUGAUGUGCCUUCUGACAUUGAUAUGAAUGAUCCUUACUUUGCCGAGGAAUUCAAUAAACCAGAGUUCAAAAAAUCUAAAUCACAAAGCAAAACUAAAGAACGGAAGAACGAAAAUAGUGACAUUGACCCUGAUGAAGAAAAGAAGAAAGCAGAAUUAGAACUACUCCUGGAUGACGAUGAUGGGAAAGCUCAUUUCAGUUUGAAGAAAAUUCAAGAAUCAGAGAGUACCAAAAAGUCAAAAAGGAAAAAGAAACUAAAAGCUAAAAUGAUAGAACAUAAACAGUCUCUGCCCGAUUUUGAAAUAAAUGUAAAUGACGACAGAUUUUCAGCACUUUACAACUCGCAUCUGUUUAACAUUGAUCCAAGUGAUCCUAACUUUAAGAAAACCAAGAAUAUGGAAAAGCUGAUCCAAGAGAAGUUGAAACGACGGCCAGCUGACACACCACCUGAAGCGGAGCCUCCCAAGAAGUCAAAAGAAGACAUUGAACUAGGCUUACUAGUGAAAAAUGUUAAAAGGAAAACAAAAGAUGCUUUGAAAAAAUAA